AUGAAUCAUGCACAGAAAAAAUCAGAGGCUUAUCAAGAGGGAAUGAAAGUUUUAUGCGACCAACAUGAUUCAGCAGAAAAAGGUAACCAUGUUGAAGUUUCAGUUGACGAUUCUGAUAGUUCAUCAGUCUUUGGUGAAGAUCGUCAUAGAUUGAAAAGCACCUUGGAACAACGUCACAUUCAAAUGUUAGCUCUGGUGGGUGUUUUUGGUACUGGGAUUUUCUUGUCUUCAGGAUCAGCUCUAGCUACAACAGGUCCUGCUGGUAUGCUUAUCGGAUAUAGUUUGAUUGCAUUCAUUGUUGGUUUAAAUCAAGUGGCUUUGGCUGAAGUUGCAUCUUUAAUGCCUGUCUCCUCUGCAACGGUUCGUCAUUUAGAACAAUUUAUUGAUCCAGCAUGGGGGUUUGCAUAUGGGUGGAUUAGUAUUUGGGGUUCUAUUAUGCCUGGUGAAAUCUCAGCUGCAGCUGUUAUUAUCUCAUAUUGGACUGAUAUUUCACAAGCUGCUUGGAUUAGUAUCAUCAUUUUUGUUAUCAUUGCGACAAAUUCUUAUACUGUUAGAUUUUAUGGUGAAGUUGAAUUUGUCUUUGCAUUGAUUAAGAUUUCACUAUUGAUUGGAUUAAUUAUUGUUUCAAUUGUGAUAACUUCAGGUGGUGGUCCAACCCAUGAAACAAUUGGUUUCAGAUUUUGGAGAAAUCCAGGACCUUUUAAAGAAUCUAUUACAACUGGUAAUUUAGGGAAAUUUGCAGCUUUUUGGAAAACGUUAUCAGGUGUUGUCUAUUCAUUUGGUGGUGUUCAAUCUGUUCCGGCUUUAGCUGCUGAAGUUAAAAAUCCAAGAAGAACUGUCUUUACAGCUUGUAAAAGAAUCUUUUACAGAGUUACCUUUUUAAUGAUUACCACAGUGUUUUGUUUGACUUUAAUUGUUUCAUCAAAUGAUAAAAGAAUUGCCAAUUCCUCUGGUAAUGCACAAUCAUCCCCAUUCGUUGUUGCUAUCAGAAAUGCAAACAUCAAAGUUUUACCUCAUAUUAUCAAUGCUGCUGUUUUGACCUCUGCUUUCAGUGCAGCAAAUUUAUCAAUUGUCCAUGGCUCAAGAACGUUAUUUGCACUAGCUGUCAAACAUCAAGCACCAAGAGUUUUUUUAAGAACAAAUAAAAGAGGUCUCCCAUGGGUUGGUGUCAUUUUCAUCGCUGCAUUUAUGCCAUUAGCUUAUAUGAAUGUCUCAACCAAUGCUGCUAAUGUUUUUAACUGGUUUCAAUCUUUAACAUCAGCCAACUUACUACUUGGUUGGAUCUUGAUUUCUGCUAAUCACAUCCAUUUAUCUAGAGCUAUGAAAGCACAAGGUAUUUCAAGAGAUAGUCUACCUCACAAGUUCAAAUUUGGUGUUCAAGCCGCUUGGUUUUCCGGUAUUGCUUCAUUGAUUUUAUUAUUGACUGGUGGGUUCAAGAAUUUUGUUCAUGGUGAUUUCUUGAUUAGUAGUUUUUUCAGUUCUUAUUUUAUUAUUCCAUUAUCUUGGGGGUUGUUCUUUUUCUGGAAAUUUUUCAAAAAAACAAGAUAUUAUAGACCACAUGAAGUUGUUUUGACACCAUUAUUUAAAGAUGUUGAAGAAAACCCAGAAGAGCCUGAACCAAAAGUUAGAGGUUGGAAAAUUAUUACCUUAUUAUGGUCCUGA